AGCCCCUGUUCUGGGAUGAUGAAUAUGACGAGCGGGACUGACUGACAGUCACAAAACGUCUCCGGUCACUGACACGCAUGAAGCCCGUGGUGGACGGUACGCGUAUAUAGGAACUUUCCUCUUCCACUCGUGCACACUCUUCAGGCAUCUGAUCAGGAAUGGCGACCGAACCUGUGUGCGUGUGUGUCGAAGACAUUAAGAAAAUAGCUGAAGAAAAACUGUCAAAGAGUGCCCGUGUAUAUUACAACAGUGGAGCGAAUUAUGAAAAUACUUAUAAAGACAAUAGGAAGGCUUUUGGGAGAUACAAGAUUCGACCGAAGUAUAUGCGGGACGUGUCCAAUCGGUCAAUGGCGACCACUAUUCUGGGCCACAGAGUAGACUGUCCCAUCGGCGUGUCCCCGGUUGCAAUGUGUCGUCUGGCCCACCCCGAUGGAGAGGUGGCUGUUGCCCGCGCUUGUGCCAAGCUUGGCCGCUGUUUCAUAUUGUCUACUAUGGCUACUGCUGGACUGGAGGAGAUUGGAGAGAUGGCGCCAGACUGUCUGCGGUGGUUCCAGAUCCACAUCCUGAGAGACAGAAAUCUGCUGGUACAACUCGUACAGAGAGCUGAACGUGCUGGCUUCACGGCUUUGGUGCUAACUGUUGACUGCCCAGUGUAUGGACGUCGCCAUGCCGAGAUGAGGAAUGACUUCAAUUUACCGUCAACAUACAAGCCAGGUGUGUUGGAGGGAUUGAGGUCACGUGCCGGGAUGUCUGAAGAGGAGAGAGAAGCAGGGUUGACUAAAUUCCUCAACAACCUCUUUACCUCUGCAGCAACGUGGGACGACCUGCGAUGGCUUAAGACCAUCACUAAACUUCCGGUGGUUGCCAAAGGCAUAACUACAGGUGAGGGGGCCCGAGAAGCCUUGAGGGCUGGCGCUGAUGCUAUUUUAGUGUCCAAUCACGGGGGUCGGGAACUUGACUGUGUUGCCGCCACGAUUGACGCUCUGCCGGAGGUAGUGGAGGCUGUGGGGGACAGGUGCGAGGUGUACCUGGACGGGGGAGUCAGGAGUGGGCUGGACGCUCUCAAAGCCAUCGCCAUGGGGGCACGAGCCGUCUUCGUGGGGAGGCCGAUCCUCUGGGGUCUAGCUCAUGCGGGAGAAGAAGGAGCAGAGAAGGUGCUGCAGAUCCUGGGCGAUGAGCUCAGCACGGACAUGGCUCUAGCAGGGUCAAGUAGUAUAAGGGAGAUCUCUCGAGACAUGGUGGUUCACAAAUCCUACUACAGCUCCAAGCUCUGAGUGAAGACAUCAGUGAAGGCAUACAAUACGAUUCUGAGUGAUGUUUGUUGCCGGGGUGAAGGACAGGACCAUCAACACCUUCACCAACUUCAUGUUGGUACACCACUCAUUAGGUAUAUCGGGCUUUACUGAUAUAUCCUGAUAUAAGUUGAUGCUAAGGUUAUAUCAUUAGGCUGCUGAUCGAGACAUAGUCACAAUACUGGUAAACUCAGAUGUGUUUGGAGUGUGCAUACCUGCAUUUUAAAGAAUAGGCGUAGCAUAUGUCCCUGAGUAUAGUCUUGCUCCUUCAUGAAUGAAAUCUUGGAAGAGGAAGCAGAGAUAUUAAAGAGGGGAAACAACAAUAGGGUGUGAUAACAAUGGUGGACAUAUAACCUAUCUCAUCAAUGUUGUUGUUUCACCUGUACUUAUAUAGCUAUCUGCUUCCUAGACGUAAGAAUAUACUCCAAAACGUCGUGUUCCUCGUAGUACAGAAGCUGACAUCCAUAAAGUGUAUCCCUUCUAAAUGCCCUUUAAAGACUUUGAAGUGGCAAAAUCACAUUGUUCAGAAUGUAGAAAUAUAUGAGGAUGACUAUGAAUGUGCAUAGGUGGGGUUUUGUAAGACCAGGUAAAGUACACAAUCACAUUGUAAGCACCCCACCCCUGCAAAUAUAAUGGAUCGUGCCCCUCAAUCAAAUCCAGUUUGAUCACAGAGCAGGUCACAUCACAACCCUUCUGUGUUUACCAGUUUUAAGUCUCCAUUUUGAUUUAUUAACUUUGUGAAAGGUCGAUUGUUGUUAUCAUGAAAUUGCACAAAAAAUAUUGUAAAGGUUUUAAUUUUUUUAUGUUGUUUGGCAUGACUGAAAUCUGAAAUGAAACAUAUAAAGAUUGUACCAGC